GCGUCGGUUCAGACACACGCGAGAGCCGCUGGAGAGGUCGCGGCUAGUUAAAGCGAUAAAGCGCUACAGUGCGGGAUGAGGCCGCCUAAACAGUAGCGUGUGGGCAUGGUGAUUGACGAACGGCGGUCAACCACAGUGCCAUUCUUGCACAGCCAGCAUCGGCAAACUCUUGGCAGUGUUCUGGUACUGGUAUCACCCGGUCUGGCAACGACCGACGGUACCGGUGUUGCACAGUGAAUAAAAAAGCCGCAAAACGGAUGACAAUUUGGAAAGUGAGCAAGUGAAAGUGCAGCCAACUUUCGGGCCCAUUGCCGUACGUGACACAGAUGCACGUACGCGUGAAACGGUCAAAUUGGGGAGGAACAUGGUCAGGGCCGGCCAUCAGUGUGCUAGCAGUUCUACUGCUAUCGUGCUGUGUGACUCCGGGCCUGCCAGAGGGCAUCAAGCUACCUGACCAAACGUCUGGCGCGAGCAACGGUGGACCUCAGCUUCCACCGCAACAACCACCUGCAGUCGGAGAGGAGCGAAGACAGGGCAAGAACCUGUUCGACUUUAUCGGGCUUGGAACCGGUGGCAAUGUGGAUCCCUAUCUGGCACGCACGAACGCGCAGUGCUUGAACGGAGAGCUGGCCGAAUGCUUCAAGUCCCAGGCCCUUCAGACGUUCGGCGAAUUCUUCGACAAGGAUCAGUACCAACUUACCAGCGAUGCUAGGCUUGUUCGACUACCAGAAACACAGCUCCGGUCACUGACACAGGAAGGCUACGAGUUUGUGGGCGAAUCGAGACACUCUGACUCCGAGUGGGAGCUGUUGUACAAGUACGCCCUUAGGCGGCUGGAGCGUUUUGUCAAGUCGACGGCGCUGGAAUUCCACAUCCCCGACGACAUCACGGAGGAAGGACGGUACUCUGCGCGCUUCAUCGACGAAAUUUCGGACGAGAUUGACGUGAUAGAGGACAAGAAGGCGCCGCUGUUUACUCGCCACCGGCUAAAGAAGAUCUUCAUUCCGCUGCUGCUGAUACUGAAGGUAUUCAAGCUGAAGCUGCUCCUGUUCCUGCCUCUCGUGCUGGGACUGGCUAGCUUUAAGAAGCUGCUCGGCUUUCUGGCCAUCGUUGUGCCGGGAGUGAUUGGGUAUCUGAAGCUGUUCAAACCAAACCAGAGCUGCUGCACGAACGACAUCUUCUCCGGUGGCUAUCAGCCGCAGUACUCGCCACAGGGCCUUGGUUCGAUCGGCUACAGCCCGUUCAAAGAGUACGCCGGGCAGAAUCACUACUCUCGGCCAGAUGUCGGUGGGUAUGCCUCGCCAUACGGUAACUACUAUCGGGACUCGGGACGGGCCGAUCUGCAAGGCGGCAAUGUUAAGUUUGGAGAUGAUCUCGCCUACCAAGGCUACUCGGAGCAGUAUCGUAGCAGCGGCAAGGACGUUAAAGCUGAGAGCUAAACGCAGGCGGUCGGCGAAGUUGUCAUAUUUUGUAUCGUGCAUCACAUCGUGUUCAUUCUUGCGUGUUAAUGCCAUGCUAGUGUAAAUAUUUAUGACGUGUAAAAUAAAGUAAUCAAUUCGUGAGUGAGUGAAUUGCUAUU